AUGGAGGAGAUUUCGUUGGCUAACCUGGAUACUAACAAGCUAGAGGCCACUCAGAAGAUAUAAGUAGACCUGAUAGAGGAUUCUUGUUUGGGCUUCUGCUUUGAGGUGCACCGGGAGGUCAAGUGUGGCUACUUCUACCUGGAAUUCGCAGAGACUGGUAGCGUGAAGGAUUUUGGCAUUCAGCCAGUGGAAGAUAAAGGAGCGUGUCACCUCCCGCUUUGCUCCCUUCCUGGAGAGUCUGGGAAUGGGCCUGAUCAGCAGCUGCAGCGCUCACCUCCGGAGUUCCCAGUAGCUGCGACACGAGAGCGUCUGAGAGUGACCAGGACAAUAACAUAG